GAUACAUAUUUGGUAUUCUAGACUAUCCUUACAAAGCAAAUAAUAGAGGGUGUUGGGUGAUGGUUGGGACGUCUAUUUUCUCUGUCCUUAAAUAUCCAUCUCCUUAACCAAACCCACUUGCAACUUCUGCAACUCUUCCUGUUGCCAUUUCAACCAAAAGAUCACUCAACUCAACAAGUAAUUCUUCUUUUGCAUAUCCCUAGCUACAUGCUUUGUUUUGGUUUCCUUUACUAAUUGGCUAUUGGUGGGCUUAAUCUUUGUCUAUUACUUAUUACCAAUAUGGUUGUCACAAUUGCUCAUACCUUUUAAUUGGACAGUGGUGUUUUUCUUUGCUAGCUAACAGAAAAACCAAAAUUCAACUUGGGGGUUUUUGCCAUUUUUUUUUCCCAUCUUUGCAACAAUGGAGUUCCCAAAUCAAGCACCUGAGAGCUCUUCCCAAAGAAAAAUUGGAAGAGGCAAGAUUGAGAUUAAGCGGAUUGAAAACACUACAAAUCGACAAGUCACCUUCUGCAAGCGCCGCAACGGCUUGCUUAAGAAAGCCUAUGAGUUAUCUGUUCUAUGUGAUGCUGAAGUUGCUCUUAUUGUCUUCUCUACCCGUGGCCGCCUGUAUGAGUAUGCUAACAACAGCGUUAGAGCAACGAUUGAUAGGUACAAAAAAGCAUGUACUGAUUCUACGAAUGGUGGAUCUGUUUCUGAAGCUAACACUCAGGUAAACUCUGCUGUCACAACAUGCAUGGCCUCACGAAGACAGAUUCGCGAAAUCCAGAACUCAAACCGGCAUAUACUGGGUGAAGCUCUUAGCACUUUGAACAUCAAGGAACUCAAGAACCUAGAAGGAAGACUGGAGAAAGGGAUCAGCAGAAUAAGAUCCAAAAAGAAUGAAAUGCUGUUUGCUGAAAUCGAAUUUAUGCAAAAGAGGGAGAUCGAGCUGCAAAACCAUAACAAUUAUCUGAGAGCAAAGAUAGCUGAAAAUGAGAGGGCACAACAGCAGCAAACAAAUAUGAUUCAAGGAACUUCUUAUGAUCAGUCAAUGCCUUCACAGUCAUACGACAGGAACUUCCUCCCUGUAAUCUUGGAGGCCAAUAAUAAUAAUAAUAACCAUUACUCUCGCCAUGACCAGACAGCUCUCCAACUUGUUUGAAAUGCCGGAAUGCUGUCUGAUGUUCCAUUCUAUCCUUUGAUCUGUUUUCCAUAAAUCUAUCAGAUACUUGACUGUAAUUUAUGUAUAUGUUUGAGAACCAGCUUGUCAAUGUUCUCACCACUCAGUUCAAUCAGAAUUUUCUGCAUUAACUACCUAUGAUGUACCCAAACUCUAAGAUAAUAUAUUAAAUUGGGUAUAAUAGUGAUUUGCCCCCUGAA